GGUGUGUGCGGCUCUGGGUACAGGCGUGAGUAGGGGUCUCGGGUGGAUGUGAAGAUCAGUGGGGCGGCCCGGGAAAGUCACCAGUCAGCAAUACAGUGGCGAGAUAGCAGCCCUGGAGCCUCUCAGUGUUGCUGACGCACAGUGAAGAGGGACAUGCCUGGACCCUGCUCAUAGGGUUUUGUCCUGGAAUCAAAAAUUGAGGAAUUGCAGCAGUCUGGUUUCUGUGGGGAGUGGCACCGUGAGGAGUUGCGGUCUUGUUGGAGUAGGUGUGUCGGAAGUGCGUCACUGUGGGGGCGGGCUUUGAGGUCUCCUAUGCUCCACCCAUGCCCAGUGUGGCACACAGUCUCCUUCUGCAGCCUUUGGAUCAAGAUGUAGCACUCUCAGCUCCAACUCCAGCACCACGUCUGCCUGCGCACCGCCAUGCUUCUCGCCGUGACGAUAAUGGACUAAACCUAUGAAUGUGUAAGCCAGCCCCAGUUAAACAUUUUCCUUUAUAAGAGUUGGCGUGGUCAUGGUGUCUCUUCACAGCAGUGGGAACCUUAAAUAAGACAAUGGGAGAAAAAAAAUCUAUUUUCAGUGAAAGGCAAAAACAAAACACAAAACACUUGUUCUUACAGAGGACCUGGAUUUGUUUCCUGCAAUCUACAUGAUAGUUCACAGUUGUCUGUAAUUCCAGGUCCAGUGCAUCAAAUGCACUCUGAUCUCUGUGGGCACCAACAUUCACAUGGUGCACAUUUAUACAUGCAGGGCAAACAUUCAUACACAAUAAAUAAAUAAAUAAAUAAAUUAAAAAUUAAAGAAUACACAAUGUGCAUACACAGAUGCGCUGGCUUCUGUGCUUUUUAUUCUGAUGACUGCCUUUUUAAACAGAUAUUCAUUAACUUUAUUUUACACUACUUGUGUGUGCACACACUACAUGUGUGUAUUUCCUAUGAAGAUUAGAAGAGGCAUCAGACGCCCUGGAACUGUGGUUACAGGGUAUGGUAAGCUGCCAUGUGAGCCCUGGGAACUGAAACCCAGAGCUGCUGACAGAGAAGUACGUGCUCUUAGCCACUGAGCUCUCUCCAGCCCCUCAUUAACCUCUGUUUUCAUUUUGUUGUUUGUUUGUUGUUGUUGUUUUCCACCCCACGAUAGGGUUUCAAAACAAACAAAGUUCUGGCUCUCCUAGAACCAGCUGUGCAGACCAGGUGGCCUCAAACUCCUGCCUCUGCCUUCUGAGUGCUGAGUGCUCCCACCGCCCACCUGAUCUGGGUAGUUAUGACCUGGUUUCCGUGUAACGUUUAGAAAGUGUUUUCUUCUUUUGAAGACUGUCAGUAUUUUGCACGUGGUUCUGUCAACUGCUGUCAUUGGUAGUAAAACCAUUUACAUCAUGGCAGUUUUCACAAUCAGUGUGCAUAGAAGUUAAUUUUCUUCUUCCGUGUUCUGAAUUUUCAUUACAGACGCUAUUGAAGUCGUUAGUUAAGCUUAUUCCUAGCUCUUUUGUGUGUGCAUGCGUGUGUGCGUGCGUGUGUGUAGCCCUGGCUGUCUUGGAACUCAGCCUGUAGACCAGGCUGGCCUCAAACUCAGAGAUGCACCCAAAUGCUGCCUCCCGAAUGCGGGGAUUAAAGAUGUGUGCCACCACUGUCUCAUUCCUUGGUCUUUUUAGAGCUGUUAUGAAUGGGUUAUUUUCCUACUUUGAUUCACAACACCCCAUUAUUGGUACAUUAAAAAAAAAAGAAUUACUUUUCUAUUUUAAUUGUGUAUUCUUCAAUAUUAUUUGAAGCAUCUGUCAAGUGUAAGAGUUUCUGAUGGUGUCUGUUGGAAGUUUUGUGUCUAUAAUCAUAUCAUUCUUCCCUAUUUGUAUGUCUUUUUUUUUUUUCAAAUUUCUUAGCUUUUAUAAUUCUUUAUUACGUAAAACUGCAGAGCGCAUGCAUCUUUUUCUUGUUACAGCUUCUGAAGCGAUACUAUCCAUUUCUUUCUUUCUGCUAUAAUGUUGGCCUAGGAUUGAGACAUAUACCUCUUACUGUGUUGAGCUGGGUUCCAUUUAUUCUUAGUUCUCUUAGAAGUUUUAUCACAAAUUUUGUUAAACUUUGUCCAAUGACGUUUCCAUGCUCUACUGAGAUUUUUAUCACAUGAUUUUUAUUCCCUGUCAUAUUUUUGAUACGGCUGCUUGGAUUGUAGGUAGUGUUUUUGUUCUUUCCUUGUUAUAAUUAGUAGUUUUCUGGUUUGAUGUGUUGGAUAGACAGAGUCGGUUACUCCCCAGCUCUCCUCUAUUCCUCGCAUGAAGUAUUUUAUUUCCUGUACUUUCCUGGAUAAUUCCUUUCUACUGUUCUGGGUAUAUUUUGCCUCUGUUAUCUGCAGUGACUUGAGUGGAAUGAGAUGUGUUAAUUCAUGAAUAUCUUCAAAUGCACUUCUCUCUCAAUUUUCAGAGAAAUUUUCUGGCUGCAGUAAGAUGGUUGACAGUUACUUUCUGGUUUUGGGGUCUUUUUAUGUGGUUUGACAAUGUUCCUUAACAGAGUUUAGCAUUAGCUUUUGUUUUGCAUUUUUGACACCUGAUAUGAAAGGGCAAGAAGGUCCAGUCAUUGUUCCUGAAACAGAAACUCAGAGCAGAGCAACAGGAAGAAAUGGCCACUUCUUCAGUAAGAGCAUCCCAGGCUCUGCUCAAGUUUGGGGAUGUGGUUCUAGAUUUCUCCCAGGAGGAGUGGGAAUGCCUGGACUCUGCUCAGAGGGCUCUGUACAUUGAUGUGAUGUUGGAGAAUUACAUCAACUUCGUCUCUGUGGAGAACCAUCACACGUGCGGUAAAAAGGAGAAGGUCUCAGAUCAAGACCCAAAGCAUAUUGUCCAUCAGCAUGUGAAUGUCCAAGAGAAGUUUUACAGAUAUAAGGAGUGUGGCGAAAUGAUUUGUGGAUCCUCCCAAUGUACGUCUUAUAACACAAGUGAUACUGCAGAAGACUGCAGCAAGGACACAGGUGGUAACCACCUGGAUGCCAGUGAGCCCUCAACCCUAAACAGACCGAGAAGUAUGCACACUGGAGAAGAACUGCUCAAAUAUAAGGACUGUGGCAAGUGUGUAAGUCUAUGUUCCAGCAUUAGUCUGAAUCAGAGUUUCCACACGGAAACCCUGUGUGGAAAGGUAGAGCACGAGUGUACAGAAAGUGACGGACUUUCGGGCUCUGCACACAGACUUGUGCAGCAAAGAAUCCAUAGUGGAGAGGGAGCACACAACUGUGGGAAGUGCUUCAGGAGCUGCUCAAGCCUCAGGACACAUCAUAGGCUUCAUGCUGGAGAGAAGCCGUGGAAAUGUAAAGAGUGUCCUAAGUCCUUUAGGUGGUUUUCCCACCUGAAAGCCCACUGCAGAAUCCACACUGGAGAGAAACCUUACAAAUGCAGUGAGUGUGAUAAGGGCUUCUCUCAGUUAUCUAGACUUAAGAGCCAUUAUAAAACCCACACUGGAGAGAAACCUCACAAAUGUGAGGAAUGUGGUAAGAGCUUUUCUCGGCUGUCAAGACUUAAAAGCCAUUACAGAAUCCACACAGGAGAGAAACCUUACAAAUGUAAGGAAUGUGGCAAAUCUUUUACCCACUGCACAGGUCUCAGUACACAUCAGAAAAUUCAUACCAGGGAGAAACCCCACAAAUGCAAGGACUGUGGUAAAUGCUUUUAUCUGUUGUCAGCACUUAAAGAACAUUACAGAGUCCACACUAGAGAGAAGCCUUAUAAGUGCAAAGAAUGUGGUGAGUCCUUUCACUGGUUGUCAGGCCUUAAAAGCCACUACAGAAUCCACACUGGAGAGACAUCUUACAGAUGUGGAGAAUGCGACAAAUCAUUUUCUCAAUUAUCAAGACUUAAAAGCCACCAGAGGACCCAUACCGGAGAAAAAUCCUGCAAAUGCGUGGAAUGUGACAAAUAUUUUACCUGCUGCUCAGCUCUUAAAAGACACCAGAAAAUUCAUACUGAUGAAAAGCCCUACAAAUGUGAAGAGUGCAGCAAAUCCUUUUAUGUGUUCUCACACCUUAAGAGCCACUGCAGAACCCACACUGGAGAGAAACCUCACAAAUGUGAGGAGUGUGGUAAGAGCUUUUCUCAGCUCUCAAAACUUAAAAACCAUUACAGAAUCCAUACUGGAGAGAAACCUUACAAGUGUAAGGAAUGUGACAAAUCCUUUGCCCAUUGUACAGCGCUUAGUACACACCAGAAAAUUCACACUGGAGAGAAACCCUACUCAUGCAAAGACUGUGGUAAAUGCUUUUAUCUGUUGUCAAGACUUAAAGAACAUUACAGAGUCCACACUGGAGAGAAACCUUACAGUUGUAAAGAGUGUGGCAAGUUCUUUCAUUGGCUGUCAAACCUUAAAAGACAUUCCAGGAUCCAUACUGGAGAGACACCUUACAGAUGUGGAGAAUGCAACAAAUCGUUUACCCACUGCUCCAGUCUUAAGGCUCAUCAGAAAAUUCAUGCUGGGGUGAAACCCUAUAAAUGUGAAGAGUGUGGCAAGUCCUUUUAUUGGCUGUCAAACCUUAAAACCCAUUCCAGAACCCACACUGGAGAGAAACCUUACAGAUGUGGUGAAUGUGACAAAUCCUUUACCCAGCGUUCUCUUCUCACAAAGCACAACAGGGUCCAUACUGGAGAGAAACAUGAAUGUAAGAAACAGGUGAGAGCUUUGAAUGAAUGAUCAAAUCAUCGAGAAUACCAGGAGUUUAAAGUAAUUCAUAAGGACCACGUGUAGUCAGAAAGCUCAUACCAGAAAGAAAUUACAUGACUCUUCACUGUUGUGAAAUCCUCAGGUCGUGCACAUUAAACAUUCCACACUACAGAGCUCAAGAAAUGCAUUGACUUUUUCCAACACCUUUAUCUAGUGUUAAAAGUGUAGACACAACGGAAAACUCAUCCUAUUCACCUUCAAAAUGUUCAUUCUGGAGUGAACCCCUACAAGUAGCAAGAGGAGGAGACGCGUUGAAGAGAUAACCUGUGGAUGUGACCGAUGCACACACACAGCCAGGAAAUCCCAAAGAGUGUGCAGGAAAAUUCAGCACCUAGGAAAGCUGGAGAAGUGUUUAGUUCAACGGAAAAGCAGUGAUUCAUUCAUACAGAAACACUAAGACGCAAUAGACAUUAGACAAACCAGGGUGUUGCAAAGAGGAAACCAAGUGAGUAAGUGAAUUUGUCAUGCAUUUGAGUGGAGAAGGAUAUUUCUAUUUGAGUAAAUAUGAAAUUAUUCUUACUAACAUUUUUGGUAAUACUAGUAUUGGAAUUUGCUAAAAUGUAAACACGGUAGGUUUUUUGCUUUUAUUUUUUCUUUUACGCUCAGAUAUAUCUAUGCUGUCUUGCUUACAGAUUUUUUAUGAUGUGUAUCAAUUGUUGGUGCCUUUAGCACUGAUGAAUCUGAGGCAGGAGUGAUGAAGUUAGUGAGUAACUGGCCACUAGCCAUUUGGCAAUGCCAACCAUCUAGAUAGACUUCUUAUGGCAAAUUUUAUCUCCCUGGGUCAGAGCUCCUCUUCAGACAGAUGGUGCACAGACCAAAGCCCCUCUGCUUAAUGACCUCUUGGUAACUACACUAGCCGGUGACAGUGUUCUGGUGCCAGGGAGAAGGCUGCCAUUGUGUGCUCAUGCAGACCACUCUUUUUUUUUCACCACUUUUUCCACAUUGUUUUCUUCAUUGGUUCACUAUUUAAGGUACAGCCGUUGGCAUCAGAGCAGCUUUCUGUCUUGAAACCCCCCUGGCUUCAGGAAGUUUUCUUCCCCAUCAUUUGGAACACAUGGUGGCUGAGUGUUCUGCUCUGCUGGAGUUGUUUUCCUUGUGUGGGCAGGAUUCUGAGAUCCUAGCAUACAGGUGCAGCCAUUAGAGCCUGCUGCCUGCUGUUCCUAGGAAUCUACUGUCUGUCAGUAAGACAUCAUUAAUAUCAUUUGUUCCGUGAAGAAUCAGUAGCCUAAGCAAGCGUUGUUACUGUAACACAAGUGGAUAUGAGCUUUAUUUUGCAGAAGGAAGAACACACUUACAUUUGAGGUAAAUAUGCUGAACACCAAGAAGAGAAAGGGCUGUCUUAACCUUCAGCAUACAAAGGCAGGGGGAUCUCAAAAACAUAUUUUACAAAUAUCUCUCUCUCUCAAAAAAAAAAAAAGGCAAAUCCAUGGAACCGAUUUCUAUCUGGGUGUCCUCAAUGAAAUUUAUGUUGAAAAAUAGAGAUAUCAGAGGAAAAUAAAAUCUAAUCUUAGAAAAUGUAUAGUUGUAUUGAACAAUGCACACUAUGAAACUCACACCUUUGCUUUCUUUGAAAAUGGUGAAUAAUACCUAUAGGUUUCCCUAUCUUAGUAAAGUAGCAUUUCUCCUGUUGUAAUCUACAUUUUCUGAAAAACCACUUGUGUUUUUGAAUGUUCCACAACUCUGUGUAAGGUGAUUUUUGAAUAUAAAUAAAAAUGUCUGUAUUUAAUGUUUUUA